CAGAUACUGUUUCACACAUCUCAAUUUGCCCGCAAGAGAAUGGGUUUGAAGGAAAACAAAUGCUGGUGUUAAAACAUGAUGUUUGGGGGCUUGUCCACACGUCAUGCAGACACAGUGAGUUGAUUGGAUGCCGGUAUAUAAAACAGGGUGGCUACCAAACGCUUGCAGUUCACUUCAUAAUCCCAAGUGAAGCUUUGCUCCGAACAGGCAGCGCAGCUCAGCUCAGCUCAGCUCAGCGCAGCGCAGCGAGCGGCCAAACAUGCAGCGCUGUGUGAGAUCCUGGAGCGGUCUGCGCUACACCUGCCCAAAACUUGGCGGAAACCGCCAUCCAGCAGCCAGGCGACUGGCUCUCGGCGGAUACUCUGGGGGGAAACAAGAUGCGCUGAGCGGGAGCUUGCGAGCUCUAGCCACCGGCGCCGCCAGCCAUGCGAGGAUCAUAGACAAUAUCUUGCCGAGGCACGAUGACUUUUCGGAGAGACACAUCGGACCCGGAGACAAAGAGAAGAGAGAAAUGCUGGACACACUGGGAGUGGCGAGCAUCGACGAACUUAUUGACAACACUGUUCCUACGAGCAUCCGCCUCGCCAGACCCUUGAGAAUGGACGAUCCCGUCUGUGAAAAUGAAAUCCUUGCCAGUCUACACAAGAUUGCAAGCAAGAAUAAAAUCUGGAGGUCUUACAUUGGAAUGGGCUAUUACAACUGCUCAGUACCACAAGCAAUUAUCCGCAACUUGCUAGAAAAUGCAGGAUGGGUGACCCAGUACACUCCCUACCAGCCUGAAGUUUCGCAAGGCAGAUUGGAAAGCUUGCUCAACUAUCAGACUAUGGUGUGCGACCUCACGAGCAUGGAUGUGGCCAAUGCCUCGCUGUUGGAUGAAGGAACAGCUGCUGCCGAGGCAAUGCAGUUAUGCCACAGAUACAACAAGCGAAGCAAAUUCUACGUGGACCCUCGAUGUCAUCCUCAAACAAUAGCUGUAGUGCAGACAAGAGCCAAUUACAUAGGGGUGACGACGGAACUGAAAUUGCCCCAUGAAAUGGAUUUCAGCCGGAAGGAUAUCAGUGGAGUACUAUUCCAGUACCCAGACACUGAGGGAAGAGUAGAGGACUUCUCCGCACUUGUUGACCUCGCUCAUCAAAAUGGAGCCCUGGCAUGUUGUGCUACUGAUCUCCUGGCACUGUGUGUGCUGAGACCACCAGGGGAGUUUGCAACAGACAUUGUACUCGGUAGUUCACAGAGGUAUGGAGUGCCACUGUCCUAUGGAGGGCCACACGCGGCAUUCUUCGCUGUGAAAGAAAACCUUGUCAGGCUGAUGCCCGGGAGAAUGGUUGGAGUUACCAGGGAUGCUGCAGGAAAGGAGGUGUACCGAUUGGCACUACAGACGAGGGAACAGCACAUCAGGAGAGAUAAAGCCACCAGCAACAUUUGCACAGCUCAGGCACUUUUGGCCAAUAUGGCGGCAAUGUUCGCUGUUUAUCAUGGCCCUAAGGGACUGAAACACAUUGCAAAAAGGGUACAUAAUGCCACGUUAAUCUUAGCUGAAGGUUUGAAACGUGCUGGGCAUAAAAUACAGCACGAUGUAUUUUUUGGCACACUGAAGAUUCACUGUGGUGUGGCUGCUCAGGAGAUAGUUAGCAGGGCCAGCCAACGGCAGAUAAACCUCCGAGGAUAUGGUGACUCCGUGUUGGGAGUGUCCCUGGAUGAAACGGUGACUGAGAGGGACUUGGAUGACCUUCUUUGGGUCUUUGGUUGUGAAUCAUCAGCUGAAUUGAUCGCUGAGUCCAUGGGAGAUGAGACAAAAGGUAUCUCAGCCACGCAGUUUAAAAGGACAAGCACGUUCCUUUUACAUCCAGUCUUCAACAGUUACCACUCGGAAACAAAUAUUAUCCGGUACAUGAAAAAGUUGGAAAACAAAGAUAUUUCACUAGUUCACAGCAUGAUUCCUCUGGGGUCUUGCACUAUGAAGCUCAACAGUUCCUCAGAACUCACGCCUAUCACAUGGCCAGAAUUUGGAAAUAUCCAUCCUUUUGUCCCCCUGGACCAAGCUCAAGGCUACCAGCAGCUAUUUCGUGAAUUGGAACGGGACUUGUGUGAAAUAACAGGAUAUGACAAAAUCUCUUUCCAGCCGAAUAGCGGUGCCCAGGGUGAAUAUGCAGGAUUGGCAGCAAUUAAGGCUUAUCUCAACUCAAAAGGAGAGCAUCAGAGAACUGUCUGCCUUAUCCCCAAAUCAGCUCAUGGCACUAAUCCAGCCAGUGCACAGAUGGCAGGGAUGAAAAUCCAGCCAGUUGAAGUGGACAAGAACGGAAACAUAGAUGUUGCACAUUUAAAGGCAAUGGUUGACAAGCACAAAGAUAAUCUGGCUGCCAUAAUGAUCACCUAUCCAUCCACAUACGGAGUGUUUGAGGAGAAUAUCAGUGAUGUGUGUGGCCUCAUCCAUGAUCACGGGGGACAGGUUUACCUAGACGGGGCAAACAUGAAUGCGCAGGUGGGCCUCUGUCGUCCUGGUGACUAUGGAUCCGACGUGUCUCAUUUAAACCUGCAUAAAACUUUCUGCAUCCCUCAUGGAGGAGGUGGACCAGGAGUGGGACCAAUUGGAGUAAAGAAGCAUCUCGCUCCGUACUUGCCCAGUCAUCCUGUGAUCUCCCCAGUGUCUGACAGAGAUGCCCGACCCCUGGGUACAAUCAGUGCUGCCCCCUGGGGUUCCAGUGCCAUUCUGCCAAUUUCACUGGCAUAUAUUAAGUUGAUGGGAUCAAAAGGACUUCGCCACGCUACUGAGAUCGCCAUUCUAAAUGCAAACUACAUGGCUAAGAGGCUAGAAACUUUCUACAGAAUUGUUUUCAGGGGAGCAAAGGGUUAUGUAGCUCACGAAUUCAUCUUGGACGUGCGACCAUUUAAGAAAACAGCAAACAUCGAGGCAGUGGAUGUUGCCAAGAGGCUACAAGAUUACGGGUUCCACGCUCCAACUAUGUCCUGGCCGGUUUCUGGCACCCUAAUGAUCGAGCCGACCGAAUCGGAAGACAAAACUGAACUGGAUCGAUUUUGUGACGCAAUGAUAAAUAUCCGGCACGAAAUAGCGGACAUUGAGGAGGGAAGAAUGGAUGCGCGAGUAAACCCACUCAAGAUGUCUCCUCACACACUGGCUUGUAUUGCUUCAUCUAACUGGGACCGACCGUACUCUCGAGAACAAGCUGCAUUCCCAUUGCAAUUUGUGAAACCAGAAACCAAAUUCUGGCCGACAAUUGCUCGCAUAGAUGACCUUUACGGAGAUCAGCAUUUAGUCUGUUCCUGCCCACCAAUGGAAGCUUACGAGUCACCCUUCUUAGAAGAGAAAAGAGCUUCAUCCUAAGCCUUGAUCGUGAGUUUGGUAAUUACUGUGAACAAACUCAUUUACACUUUUUGGAGGGGGUUUCAAAAUCAAGAUCCAAUGGGUCAAAUAUCUCAAAUUGUAAUGAAGCCGCUGCUAAACGUUUUUUUAAGAGAAUAGAAAAUGUCUUCUCAGCCACACUUCAGUUGAUGGUAAUCAGUGCCUCAAAAUUUAAGCACCAUUCAAUUGCAUAAGUGGCCUCGCUCCUGUGCACUUUUUUUCUCGGUGAGUUAUGAAUGGCUGCAAUUGCAGCUGUGAUUGAAUUUAGCGAGUUCAUUUAUAGGACUGUUGGCUUGCAGCAAAUUGUCAGACUAUAGAAGACUGUGACCGAGCGAGAACGUGGUCCCAGGCAGUAGUAUUUUCUGUGUUUGCCUUUGAUAUACUUCUGUGUAAUUGUCAAUACCUCUGUAGAUGUAACCAGCAUCUUCUGGUUAAUAGAAGUUAAAAAAAGUAUGUAAAUUUUAACUGUCUUAUUAUUCCAAUAAAAAUUCUUGAAUUGA